AGUCGUAUUUACAACUCAGUUCAAUCGUUUCAUCAGUUUCUAUACACAUUCAAAGAUAUCAACACUAACCCAUACAUUCGCUCCCGAACUAAAAUUUAUUUUUGAAAUAUUAUUUUUGGCUUAGAAAAAAUCACAGUUCUCAAAUAUUCUACCCUAAUUCGAUGUACUUGCUGCGCCGGCAGCAAAGGCUCAGGCCUUUAUAUAAUACGUGGGUGAAUCAAACAGAUCUUAAGCGAAUCUUGGGCGCAAAGGAUGUGUCCAAAUCCGCUUCCGAUCUUACGACGGCUGUGUCCGCCGCGAUCCUCGGACCCAGGACGGUUUACACAAUAUCCACCGCCAUAUCCAUGGUUCCCCACUCAUUAUCCAGGGUGGGAGGAUCAGGAGCACAGGAAACACAAGGAACACAAAGAACACACGGAGGAUCAGCCCGCAGAAGAGCCUACUACACAGGAGGAGGUGAAGGAGGAGGUGGAGGGCCACCCACACCAACCGCACCACCCGCAUCAUCAGACCCAGCACCAGGAGGAAAAAGUGGAGGAGCAACCACCACAUCAGACACAUCACCACCAGGAGGAAAGGCGGGAGGAGGAGCCUCCGCCACCACCUCCGCCACCGAGUCGGGAGGAAUAACCACCGGAAAGCCAACUGCUGCAUACACCACACAACCUCCUCCACUUGCCCCUUCCGGUCCCCUUUCAAAACCCACCAAGCAGCCCCCAGACUCCCCUCCCACCGAGAAGAAACCGCGAAUGAAAAACUUCGAUAUAUACCGCUGGAAGCCCGGGGAUCAGCCACACGUGCAGCGCUUCUCCGUGGAUCUGGAAAAGUGCGGUCCCAUGGUACUGGACGCUCUGAUCAAGAUCAAGACCGAAUUGGAUCCCACGCUCACCUUCCGGCGAUCGUGUCGCGAGGGGAUCUGCGGUUCAUGUGCGAUGAACAUCAACGGCACCAAUACCCUCGCCUGCGUCACCUCGAUUGAUAAAAACGAGGGUAGCACCUGUCGCAUCUAUCCCCUGCCCCACCUGUAUGUGGUGCGGGAUCUGGUGCCUGACAUGAGCCACUUCUAUGCCCAGUACACCUCCAUCCAGCCCUGGCUGCAGCGCAAAAACAAGAAGCACGAGCCUGGGACGGCUCAGUACCUGCAGUCAAUCGAGGAUCGAAGCACCCUGGACGGGCUCUACGAGUGCAUCCUGUGCGCCUGCUGCCAGACAUCCUGUCCCUCGUACUGGUGGAACAGUGACAAGUACCUGGGACCAGCGGUCCUCAUGCAGGCCUACCGCUGGGUCAUCGAUUCCAGGGACGAAGCCACCGAACAGCGCCUAAACUUCCUAUCCGAUCCAUGGAAGGUGUAUCGCUGCCACACGAUCCUGAACUGCACCAACACCUGCCCGAAACACUUGAAUCCGGCCAAGGCCAUCGUCCAGCUAAAGCAACUCAUGGGUGGAAUGGCGAAGAAGGGGAAGCCACAGCUCAAGACCGACGCGCUCCUUGAGGCAAAGGCCUAGGAUUAUUUAAACUCUAGACUAAGCAAACAAUAAUUUCACGUUGAACUGAUCUGAUCUCAAGUGCAAACUCGACAUACACAAUGCUAGGGACUCUUCCAAUAGUGGAAUUUUAACACUUCACAAUGGAGUAAACUAUACUCGAAUAACUUACUUUCACACAAUAAAAUGUUCUUGCAAUGAUUAA